AUGGAAUCGCUGCUACCAAGAGGCGGCUUCCAGCUGCCCUUCCAGAGGCGCUUGUCUCGCUUAUAUAAUGACACCAAGAAGUCGGGCGAGUUUGUCAAGGAGCCCAUCCAGAAUGAACAAGAUCCCGAGGCCAAGGCUCUGCAUCGCAAGCUGCGCAUCCAAAAGGACAGACUCGUCAGCUGGGGCAUGGAGUGGUCGGACCCGAACCAAGCGGCAGAGAUUGACGAGUCGCUGUCAAAGGCAGGCCUCAGCGAGGUGGUUGGCAGCAUCAUGUCCACCAUCAAAGACAUUCUCGCCGAGGCCGAGCCGCUCUGGCUCAGCUCCAAGCGCGUUGUCGAGGGUACCCGCUCGUCCCCGGAUAAGAAGCCGCCUCUGAUUCAGUGGGAUAAGGGCCGCUUUGAGGAUCUAGUUAACGAUCUGACAGCGUCUAUUGAUACUCUCUAUGAUCUGUCAAGGACAAGGUCGUCUGGUUUCAGCGCCCGCCGCCCUUCCAAGCAUACGUACAAGGCAGGAAGCACAAGCGACGACCACACGACCUUUGAGUCUACCAGAAUGCAGACUCCGCAGCAGAUCGACCCGACCACGUUAUCGUUCCUCAAGGCUGUCAACCAAACAACUCCAGGAAAUGCUCAGCCUAGACAGGUUGUCUUUAUGAGCAAGACUGCCUACGCUGAGCUCGCCCAUGGCCGCACAAGAGAGCCAUGGGGCCCACUGCUUCUCGAAUACGCCGCUUUCGACCCCAUCUACUCUACCACUGGCAUCAUGCCCUCCAUGGCACGCUUCGAAAAGCUCUCCUCUGGCUUGCAGCAAGAGCCUCAGCGAGCUCCUGGAGCUUGGACCGGUCUCCCUCGGCUCAUGGGAUACUUUGAAGAUAUGGAGAACUCGCGACUGGGUCUGUUGUACAGAUUCCCCACAUCCUUCAACGCUGUUAGCAUCGAGAGAUCGUCCCAAAAUGCAGUCUACCAGAUGCAUACUCUGCGAAGUCUUUUGUCACAGCCCGAUGCCGAACCAGAACUCGAAGCCAAGUUCCGCAUGGCGUAUAAUCUGGCAAACACAGUAUUUGAUAUGCAUGCCCGUGGAGUCACUCACGGCAGCUUGCUUGAUGGCAACAUCUCCUUCUGCGAUACCCAAACAGCCGUUUCUUCGUCUUCAUCGACAGUAGUUGAUGUCCGCCGUCCUCUUGUUUCUUCGUUUGAGCUCUUUGAAGCAGAGGAUGGUCCAACCAACCCUACCAACCUCUGGAGGCAUCGAUUGGAUCCUCGUCGCUCGCAAACAUCGCCAUUGUCCAAGUCUACAGAUGAGCGCGUCCUGGAGCUGUACGCGCUCUCUGUUCUUCUUCUGUCUAUUGGUUUGUGGCAAAGUCCGGAGCUGCUAGCCCAAGACGGAGAUUCUCACAUCAUUCCACACUCCGCUCUUACUUCACUAUCGAGAAAAUGCGGUAGCUUAUAUAUGAAGGCAGUGCAGGCCUGCUGGGAAGCCGUUGAUGAUGAGGCAUCUGGUAGAAUGACGGGAGAGGGCCUGUUGUCGGAUGUGCAAAUCCGCGUCAGCCGAUUUUUGGAAACUUGUUGCAUUCUUGAUGGCGUCAGUGGGUUUGAACAGCGAGUCCAUCCAGAGCACGAGGUUCAAGACAAGCCUGCUACAAGCUCCGUUGCAGGCACUGCAUCAGAUAAGCCCUCGCAUGCCACCGAUACCAGAUCACUACCACCACCGGCUGCCUUUGUGGACGCUCGAGCGCAAUUAGAAGACAGUCCGGAGGGUGUUGCUUCGGCCGCUAGAGUAGAGAAGCUCAAGCUCUACCCCAACGUUCCUCUUUCGCCUGAGGCUGUGGAGAAGUGGAACACCAUCCUAAUGCCCCAAAUCAACCAAGCCCUCCGCGGCUUUUACCGUAAGAACCCAGAGUCGGUAGAGAUUUCGCUAGAGUCUGUCGGUCCCGAUGCCCAAUCGACGCGACCAACGGUCCUGGUUGUCUGCACGUCAGUCGGCAAGGUUCGCGCUAUUCUCAAGAAGCGACUUGGUGAUUUGUUUGACGGGUCUACCGGGUUCGGCUUGAAGGUCUGCCGCGGCCAUAUGCUACGUUCGCGCAAGAAUUCGCGUCCCAUUUACCGAUCCAUGGCGAGAGCAAGUGUUGCCAGCGGUAGCGUCAGCGGAAAGGCCGCAGCAAACCACGACGAGGAUAUCGAGGCCGUCAACCCAGAAUAUCAAGAAUGUCCGCUGAGCGGUGCGAGUAUUGGCGCUUGGAUUGGUGACAGACAUCUUCCUCCUGUCAGCUUUGGCGGUCUCGUUGUUGUGGACGACCAAACAUAUGGCAUGACCGUUCACCAUAUGCUGGACGACCCUGACAAGGAAUUCAACACAGAUGAUACUCUGCGCAGCGCCUCUCAUCCGGGAUUCGACUUUUACGAUGAUGACGGGGAAGAUGUCUACGACGAGGAUUACGGCUUUGACUUGUCAGACUCAGACUCUGAAUCGUAUUCUGAGACAGACAUCACUAGCGAGUAUGGAGACGACGAUGAUUAUGACGACGACGAUGAAGAAUACCAAGAGCCCGGUGAUAUUCCCGGAAUCGAGCCUGGCUGUGGCGAUGGCUACAUUGUUACUCAGCCAGCGCUUGACGACGUGGAAGAAGGCUUCUACCCAUGUGCUGAUACGGAAGACGAAGACCACUUGGACACGUUUAGCUUGGGCCAGGUGUACGCGUCUAGCGGUAUCCGUCGCAAGGAAGACAAGGGACUUAUCCACGAAGUCGACUGGGCUCUGUUUUCAUUCACCGACGGCCGAGUGCCUCAAGACAAUUCCGUCCAGCGCGCCGACGCGGCCAAGGAUAGCCAGGGCAAGUGCAUUAAGCCUACCAAGGUUGCGCCAUCGACAUCCCUCCCUGGUAUGCGUGUACAGUGUGUAGCAAGAACCAGUGGUGUUCAGACUGGCCAAAUCAUGCCUGCCCUCUGCAGUGUCAAGAUUUACGGCCGAACAUCGCCCAGCCAAACCUACCAGAUAGCUAGCGCGCGCCCCGAACAAGAACAGUCUUCUGGUACACCCACCAAGGCUAUUCCCAUGGGCAUCCCGGGUGAUAGUGGUGCGUGGGUUGUCGAUCGCGACCAAGACCAGUUGUGCGGGCACAUUCUGGCCUGGAGUCAGCGGAAGCGCGUUGCGUACAUCUGCCCAAUGGAUGUCCUUCUAGCCGACAUUGCGCAAACGCUGGAUGCGUCGGAUAUCCGGCUACCGGGCGGCGAAUCGCUUCCCAUUGCCAACAAGGAGCACAUGAGUAAGUCGAAAACGCAACAGAGUGGUGGUUCGGAUGCCGUUUCAGAUGAAGAAGACGAGGAUGGCGAUAGCGAUGAGGCGCCGGAGCUGGUGGAAAGCACAGCGUCGCUUGGAAGCAGCACAUCGAGAUCUGUACCGACAGAAGAGCUGCAUGGCCUGAGCAGCCGCCUGGCAGAAAUUAGUCUGCCUAUGGGAUCUACAUUUGGAGUUCGAGUCUAA